AACUUAGAAUAUCAGAAAAAAACAACUGAUGGUUUCAUUUCACAGAAAAAUAAAAAUGAGUAGGCUAGCCUGUAAAAUACAUUAGUGGCCAUUCGGCCAAUCAAACGCAGGCGUGUACGUCAAUUAAUGUCAUGGAAACAGAACGACGAUCCGAGGAGCCUAUAGGGCUGCAGACCAUUCUAAUUUCUCACUUUGCAUUUUGACUUGUGCUUCAUGCAAAUCGAACCUGUGGAAAACAAACUCUUUGAGUUUUAAACUGCUGGAGAUAACAUACUGCAAACUGAUCAUUUGGAAAAAUAAAAGAGCAACAAAGAACAACACAACUUCUGAAUCACUAACUAUUGUGGUGAAAGGAAGAGCUUGGAAAUGGCCUUUCGUCUGCCUGGUGGCAUACCCGAGGAGCACCUCCCGGAUUUUCCGAGGGGACGCAUCCAUGGGUUGCACAUGCAAGGCCGUGUAGACAACUUCCCACAUCCUGCAGAACCUGGCCUCCCUGAAGAGGAAGGUGAGUAUAACAUUGGUCACCGUUUUCCCCCUCUCAGAGAAGAUGAACAUCAAUUUGAGGAGUGGGAGGAUGAAGACUCAGAGGAUGAAGACGACUGGUCUAACCAGUCUGUAGAUCUUGGGUAUGGCUCCAUGUCUGAAGAGGACGAGAAUGCAGAGGAAGAGGAGCAAGUGGAUGUUGAAAAUUGUAGUGAUAGUUAUGGUGAUGGUUAUAGUGAUGGUGACGUUGAUAGAGAUGGUGACGUUGAUAGUGAUGGUGGUAGUGGUAGUGGUGGUUAUAGUGAUGGUCAUAGUGAUGGUUUUAGAGAUGGUUAUGUUGAUGGUUAUUGUGAUGAUUUUAGUGCUGGUAAUGCUUAUAGUGCUGGUUAUAGUGCUGGUUAUAUUGCUGGUUAUAGUGAUGGUUAUAGUGAUGGUUAUAGUGAUGGUUGUCGUGAUGGUUCUAGUUUUCAUGAUGAUGUCAACAUCCUACCUUACUCCCCUCUCAUCGAGCACUUCCCACCUCCAAGUUUUUGGCAGCAAUUUAAACCACUGCGUCCUUCCUUUCCCACUGGUGAGCCAUUCUGGCACCUCCCAUUUGGUGGUCCGCUGCACGGGCUUCCUGCGCUGCAAGUGAGAGAACCUGAAUAUGGUUGUCCCUCAGCCUCUCAAAGGUCACACCUUUGCCUCAGGGAGUCUGCACACUCCUCUUCAGGCCUCGGCCGCUCCACAGACAGAAGAAGGGAAGACAGCUCCAGGGAGUCUGCGCACUCCUCUUCAGGCCUCGGCCCCUCCACAGACAGUGGAAGGGAAGACAGCUCCAGGGAGUCUGCAUGCUCCUCUUCAGGCCUCGGCCCCUCCACAUAUAGAAGAAGGGAAGACAGCUCCAGGGAGUCUGCAUGCUCCUCUUCAGGCCUCGGCCCCUCCACAGACAGUGGAAGGGAAGACAGCUCCAGGGAGUCUGCAUGCUCCUCUUCAGGCCUCGGCCCCUCCACAGACAGAAGAAGGGAAGACAGCUCCAGGGAAUCUGCGCGCUCCUCUUCAGGCCUCGGCCCCCCCACAAAGAGAAGCAGGGAAGAGAGUGACACCUUGCAGGUAAGUAUGAAGAGGCUGAAGGGGAAUUGUGAGGACAGCCUCAAUGAGUUGCCAACCUCCUCUUCAGGCAACGGCCCCUCCACAUAUAGAAGAAGGGAAGACAGCUCCAGGGAAUCUGCGUGCUCCUCUUCAGGCCUCGGCCCCUCCACAGACAGUGGAAGGGAAGACAGCUCCAGGGAAUCUGCACGCUCCUCUUCAGGCCUCGGCCCCUCCACAGACAGAAGAAGGGAAGACAGCUCCAGGGAGUCUGCACACUCCUCUUCAGGCCUCGGCCCCUCCACAUUCAGGAGAUACUGGAUGGUUCCUCUUGAUAACAUGCAAGGAACUGAAGAUAGCGACUCUGAUUAGGACAGAGUUUGGGACUGUUUGCUGCAGGAUUGGAAAACCUUUGCGUCUAACGGGGUAGAUAACUCCUUUGGUAGAGUAUUGCACCAGGGCCUAUUUGUACCUAUCUGGAAGCAGGAUUGUCUCUUUGUAAUCUUGAAGGCUGGCAAAGAUUUACGUAUUCUUCCCAUGUGUUUUGGCGGGGUUGGCUAUGACUCAGGUAGCAUCUAGCAUCAGGGUUAUUUUCUCUUUUGAUUAAUAGUUAGCUUUAAUGGUAAUGUACAGUAUGUGAUACCUAUAUUAAUUGCAUUUAUGUAGCACUUUCAUUCACACACUAGAUCAAGAUUAACUUUAUUGUCCCGCCAUGUUGGAAAUUUGUCUUGGGCACUUAACCCAUGAGGCAGUCAUGUUAAAAAUAAAAACAGACAUGUAUAACAAACAAUAGAUAAUUGACAAUACCAUACAACAAACCAUAAUAUGGCCCUGAUGGUGUAUAAACACAACAUGGUGUCAAGCAGUGCUUUAGUUAAACAUUACUCCAACAAUAAAAUAAUAACAAAACAAAUAAGUAUCAGUGUAGAGAUCACAAGCACAACAAUAACAAAUCCGCAAAUCCCCAUCGCCAGAAAGCUACCACGCAAGGCACUCGCCUGACCAUGGGGAGCAAUGUGGGGUUCAGUGUUUUGCCCAAGGUAUCACUUUUUAAACUAAGCUACAGAUGCCUAUACCAGAGGUAAGUUAACAAUUAUUGACAGUAAUCUCACUUAUUGAAUAGUUAAGGCAUAAUAAAUCUUACUCAUUGUUUUACUGUCAUAAUUUUUCUAGGUGUUUACUCUGGACCAGAUGAGAAGGAUGGACGACCACAGGACUGGGAUGACUACAAGUCCAGCAAAAGAGCAGUGGUUGCCUUUCUUUCACAUGGCCAACAGGGCAGGAUUCCUCUGGGAUUUUGGCACUCGUCAGGCAGCUGAGAAUGGACGUCAACCAACCUAUAAUCUCAGGCAGACCCAGCACCACAGCAGACCACUGGACCACGGACGUCAACCAACCUAUCAUCUCAGGCAGACCAACCACCACAGCAGACCACUGGACCACGGACGUCAACCAACCUAUCAUCUCAGGCAGACCCGCACCACAGCAGACCAAUGGACCACGGACGU